UGACAUUUGACAGUUACACAAUUCUUUUUCCUACAUUAUUCUUGACCAGGCAAAGUGGAUUAUACGUCAAUAUAAUCAAGAUUAAAUUUAUAUCAAAUGAUUCUUUGAGAAUUUUUUUAUAAUAUAUUAAUAAAAUAAACCUGGAUCAAAUAACACAACAACAUAGUUUGAAACAAAAUGUUUUGAAGAUAGAAUAAUUACAGUGAAUUUUAGAAUUGUGUCAGUGGAUAUAAAACGUACGCAAAUAUUAUUUAUAGUCAACUUCGUGACAUGGAAGCAGUAAAAAAGUCUGACGAUGUGGACGUUGCAUCGGCCGACGGCAAUUUAUUACAACCUCCAAAAGAAAUUCAAAUAAAUGCUAGAAAUCCUCUAAUGAAAGUUCGCACUUACGUUUUGGCGCUGCGGCCAUGGUCCCUUAGCGGCAGCCUACUACCGACUUUGUUAGGUGCUGCCUUGGCAUACCGGCUUCCCGGUGACACUGGCUUUAGUUGGGUAACUCUACUGCUUACUAUGUGCACAGUCAUACCAGUUCAUGGAGCUGGCAAUGUAGUGAAUACUUACUUUGACUUUGUAAAGGGAAUAGACAAUCGAAAGUCAGAUGACCGGACUUUAGUUGAUCAUAUUUUAAGUAUUGAUGAAGUGGUGUCUCUCGGGGCAAUCCUUUAUAUGUCAGGAUGUGUAUUUUUUGUAUUGUUAGUAAUAAUGUCGCCAGCUCAAAUGGAACAUUUGGCACUUGUGUAUUUUGGGGGACUUUCUUCCUCAUUUUUAUACACAGGAGGUAUAGGUCUGAAGUAUAUAGCACUGGGUGAUAUCAUUUAUCUAGUGAUUUUUGGGCCCGUCUCAGUUGUGUUUGCAUUUUUAGCUCAAACAGGAAGAGUUUUGUGGCCUAUAUUUUAUUAUGCUGUACCAUUAGCUUUGAAUACAGAGGCAAUACUACACAGUAAUAAUACAAGAGACCUUGAAGCAGACAGCAAAGCAGAAAUUGUAACAUUAGCUAUUCUCAUUGGCAGGACUGCAUCUCAUCUGUUAUAUGCAUUCUUAUUGUUUACCCCUUAUAUAAUGUUUGUGGUGGCUUCAGUGAGGUGUUCAUUGUGGUUCCUUCUUCCAAUGCUGACCCUGCAUCAAGCUUUUGAAAUUGAAAGAAGGUUUCGCUGCCCCGAUACCAUGCAAUAUGUCCCCAGACAAACUGCUAGAUUAAAUUUCUAUUUUGGAAUGUUAUAUGUAAUUGCGUGCCUAUUUGCCUCUCGACUGCCUUUUCUAAUAAGAGAAUAAAGUGAGUGUUGUAUAAAAUGGUGUGUACUUAAAUUGAAAUUGUGAGUGAAUGCCUUAUUUGUAACAAUAAUUGGUACUAAGUUAUUGUAUUUUUUUAUAUAUUUCAUAUGAAAUAUUUUUACAAAAAACCAUGUAUUUGAAUUGGAGUUCAGAAUAAAUUGUUAAAUACAUAUCAAACAUAUAGAUAGGUGUACUGAUAUGAUAAACAAUAAAAGGACUGGUAAUAUUGUCUUCAUUUCUUUAGCAUAUAUAUGUGGCUCUGCAAUAUUAGUGGAAUGCUUUAAAUGUAGAUAUAAUGAUAAUUUCUUUAAAAAAUACGUGUGCAUUUUUAUAAAGUGAUCUGCCUUCAAUGUGCUUAGAAAAGCAGCUAUAUUAUUAUUUUAUAUUUUAUAGAAAGAUGUGUGUACAAAUUGUUUUGGCAAAUUAUAUAAAUUUAUGUUUUGUUAAAAAAUCAAUAAAUUAUUUAGUAUAUAUUUAGCUUUAAUGUUUUGUAUGUUGAAUAAAUAACAUCAUUUUCUUGGAACUGAAAUGGAAAUUGACUUAAUGGUAUUUUUUUCAUUAUACAAUAUAUUUUCAAGGAGAAUAAUUAUUCAUUCAUAUGUUAAUAGACCAGAAGAUGAUAACACAAAAUAUCUGUUGAUUUAUGCCGUUAUGGUGGUUCUUCAAGGGUCUAAUUGUCUAAAAAGAAAAUCUUAGCGCUGGUAUCGGCGUCGUAGCCUAAUCAUGUAGGCGUUACUCGAACGUGUUGGAUAAAUACGAACGAUGGACGAAAAAAUUAUGUAAAUUCCGAGGGUUGAUAAAAAAAAGAGGGUGGUAGCGUGCCAUACUUUUCCGGUUUGAACAGCCCGUUUUA